AUGUCGUUCCUUGCCAGAUGCAUGGACACAAACAGUACAACACGAGAGGAGGAGGUUGGCGUUCUUGAGGAUUCAUUAGACUUGAGCCUUGACCCAGGGCCCCUCGUGAUCCCAGAUCCGCCGCGCCGGCGCUCACGCGGCUCCAUCGGUGGCGAGUCAAGCCACGGUACCACUUCCGCCCUCAUCCCAGAAUUCCGCCAGGACCUAGACUGCGUCUUCCCUUGGCUAGAAGACUGCUACACCAACCACCCGUACUGCAGCGAAAAAGCCACCCCGGUCAACGACCUACCCCCAGGCGACCUGUUCCUCAUCGACCUCGAGGACGGGAACCGCCUCGUCAAAGCCAAGCCCGAUGCCGCGUACGUCACCCUCAGCUACGUCUGGGCGUCUGCGCCCCGCCUCGACGCCGCCCACCGCCCCGUGCAGGUGGGCGAGCGCAUCCCCGCCGAUCGCAUGACGCAGCUCUUCGUCGACGUCUCCCACGUCGCCCGCAAGCUCGCCGCGCGCUACCUCUGGAUCGACAAGUUUUGCAUCGCGCAGCACGACAACAAGCUCAAGCACCGCCAGUUCCAGCAGAUGCGCAUCAUCUACCGCAACAGCCUGCUCUGCAUCGUCGCCGUCGACGCCGACGCCGAGACCCGCGGCUUGCCCGGCAUCUCCCGGCCCCGCGUCGCCUGCCGCCUCAAGAAGAAGCCCAACUCGCCCCGCCGGCGGUCCUCCCUCAGCACCGAGUCCGACACGUAUCUAUGGCAGCUGCGCCACGCCAGCCAGGGCCUCAUCGCCCCCAUGUGCCUAUCCACCCGCAGCGUGCAGGCCCUCAUCAAGGCCUCCAAGUGGUGGAGCCGCGCCUGGACCUACCAGGAGCACUGUCUCUCGCGCCGGUGCCUCGUCUUCACCGACGAGCAAUUCUACUUUGAGUGUAACCGCGGCCAGUGCCGGUGCGAGGCCGAAGUCGAGGGCGUCGAGGAGGUGGGCGGCAUCUUUCAAAUCAUGAGGCCCUCCCCGCACUCCCGCGACCGCCCCGACAAGGUCGCCCGCUCCUACCGGGAGCACCUCGAGGAGUUCACCAGGCGCGACCUGCGGUACGAGAGUCAGGCCCUCAACGCCUUUGUCGGCAUCGUCAAGCACCACCAAAUGAUCCACCCACUCCUUCAGCAGGUUUCGGGCAUCCCCUUCUUCGCCUCGGGUCGGCCCGGCGACGCAGGUCGCCGCGUCUGGUGGGGCGAUCAGGACCAGGCCGACAUGGCCAAGGCCGUACUCCCUAUUCUCUUGCGUGGGCGCACCGUUACACCGGAUGGUGCGAGGAGGACCUGUGCCCGCGGCCCCGCGAGCUAUUUCCCAAAUGGUCCCCCUCGGCCCUUUGCCAAGGAUUUCGCCUUUGAGCUGCACGGCAACAUGGUGCCCUACGAGAAGCUCUACUCGAGCGCCGCGUACGCGUCCCUCUCCCAGUUCGAAAAGGACACCUUUAGCCCCCGCGUCUUCUCCAUGCGCACCGUCGCUCUCCCGGCCAACGUCGUGGGUAAGCUCGCGUACAACAACACGUCCUUCUUCUGGACCGUCUGCGGCUUUCCGGCCGAGGUCUCCCUCAGCCACCGCGCGGAGUCGCCCAAGCGCGCCAACAAGAUGCUUCGCACAGGCGAGUUGCGCGCCCUGCUCCUCGGCGACAACAGCAUCUGCAGAGACGGCUCCCCGGCCGCGCGCUGUUCAUGA